AUGUUUAAUGGAGAAAGCAAAAACAGCAGGAAGAUUAACCUGAGUGGGAAGAAACAUGUAAUCCUCAACAAGGACUCCUUCAUCGAGAGGGCCAAAAAGGAGAAAGAGAUCCACCUCAACUUGACGAGGAGGAAAAACGCCUUUAAGAUUAUUGGCACUUAUGUAAGCUUUAAAAAAUGCCUUGAGAAAAGGAGAAACGAGAUUCAGAUUCUGAUCGGGAAGAGAAUCAGUGAUGUGAUGUUGUUGCAGAACCUAGUCGCGCCAGAUGUGUAUGAGAGAGCCUUGCGAAUAUGCCUCCAUGAAUUUUCACUGAGCUCCACCUUCUUGUACUCCAGUCGGAGUUGCUACUACUAUUAUAAGGGUAUGAACUUUGAGAGUCUGUACCCUCCUGUGAAACACCUCCUAGAUGUGGUGAAGCUGUAUGGCAAAGUGGGGCAACUGGAUGAACCCCAUUCGGUGGGGGAGGGAAAAAGUGAACAGGAUGGAAGGGGUUCUGCGCAGAUGGGGGGAAGUGAACCGGCAAAAGACACAAAUCGGAAGGAAGCAAUCCACGUUAGCAAUAAAUUCCUGUACAGGCAUAAAAAGGAAAUACAAAUUUUACUUAACCAUUUAGAUGUUCUCUUGGGAGAGUACCAUUUAUAUGGCGAAAAUAUAUAUGGAGAGUACCACUCGGGGAUGCGAAAUGUGAGGAGGUGUAGAGGUCAUUUGUUGAGUGGUAGCCAAGGGGGAGUUUCCUCCAGUGUGAAUGAUGAUCAACAUAAAAGAUACGACAAUGGGCAAGUGCUCUACAUGUACCACAUGUACAAUUUUAUUCUGAAUAAAUCCUUCUGUGCCCACAUGGAAAAGGAAAUGAACUCUCUGAAGGAGAAAAAAAUGGAGAGCAAACAACAUCCCUGUAAUGAUAAUAACGUAUUACAAUCACUUCAUAAAAUAAGUGAUUAUAUUAUUUUAACAAUGGAUGGGAUUAUACACAUAUUGAAAAAGUUACUUUUGUGUUAUACACCGAAGCAGAUUUCCAAGUGCAGCUCGACCAAGCUACUGAUUUACUUGUGUGAUCUUAUAUAUAUUUUUUUAUUAUCGCUGAAGAUGAAGGGACAUGAAAUAAAACAUGAAAAUGUAGAGGAGGUAAAAGGAAAAGUAAACGUACUUUUACAAUUUGUUUGUAUUAGUGUGGAUCAUCAUCUAAAGGAUUGCCAUUCUUUAUACAUAGCUUUUUUUAAGUAUUCAAUUUACGAAAUUUUUUCUACCCCUAUUGAUGUGAAGAAAGAACUUGGGAUGAUGAAACUGUUGCUCUUGAAAAUUGUUAAUAAGACUUAUGAACGACAUGAUAUGAAUAUUAUGCAGGAGUUGGUGUACUCAGAUGAGAAUCUUCUUCUCCAUUUGAACAAGUACCAUUUGUUUAAUCAUAUCUCCUUUGAUCAGAAGAAUAUAUCUGGGGUUAAUUUAUUUAAGAAUAUGCUUUUGUUUGUUCAUACGAAUGAAGCGCUGGUGCAGGAUAACGUUUUAAACAUCCUCCUGGAGGCCUACUUAUUCCUAUCGCUCAAGUAUCACCCUUAUGUGUAUAAAGUGGGGGGAGGGGGGACAAGAGACCGAAUUGAUAACAGCGUUGAGGGGGAUGAAGGGGUAGGCGGGGGUACUCACUGUGGAGGCGGAAAAGAUGACGAUGACGCGCAUACCGAUGAGCAGGGCGACUUGUCCUCCUCGUCUCCCCGCACCGGACUCUUCUGUAGCAACAGCAACAGCAACAGCAACAGCAACACGGAGCACAUUCAAACAGAGGACGUGGUAGGGAAGAAGAGAUCCACCUCCAUCGGUGGAGCCUCAUGGGAACAAUCAACUCCAAAUAAAAAGAAAGAAGUACACGCAGAUCUGUGGAAAUCAUAUAAGGGUCUCUCACACAUGGGCUUUUAUUACUCUAAAGGGGUAGUCGAUUCCUUAAUACAGAUUUGUAAGAAGGGUGGGUUUAGAAGGUUGGACGCACUGCUGUUCUUUCUUCUUCCCUUUAGAACCAUUCACAGGAGCAUCUUCCGUCGGUACAGGAACUACUACGAGUUUGUAAAAAAUGUGAGCAACCAGGAGUGCGUGAUUGCUGGCCGCAGAAGUGAAUUGAUUAAUUGGCGGAGAGCAACAGCCCAUGGUGGUAAUCGAAUUGGUGGAAAUGGCCUUGGUGACAAUAGAGGGGAGGAAGUAGUGGCCGGGAGCGGAAGUCUCACGAGGGGUGCUGCAGCUGGGUCACUCUUUGGAGAAGGGGCAAGCGCUUCGUGGAAUGGCCCAACGUACGGCUUGCUCCCCCAGACGAGGCCCCUCUCAAGGGAUCAACCGAUACAAAAAACAGCGUGGAGAACCCACAGGCAUAGACCCCUGUUCAGCUUGAAAAACCUCAUGAGGGCGAAGGGAAAAAGGGGCAAGAGGUCAUGUGAUGGGGAUCUUCUAAGUAAUGAUAUCAUAUUGAAGGUGAAAAAAAUCCUCAUUGAGCACGAUAUGCACAUCUACCUUGUGAGAGAAGUGUACUUAUUGUGGUUUACCAAUUGUAAAGCAAACGAUACCAUGUUCUUUAAGUACCUCUCCGCCUUCCCCUACUUCGAUCACACCAUUGUCUCCAUAUAUAUUUCCUCCCUCUGCUUCCUCCUCCACUACUACAUCGUGGCUAAUAUGUUUGUGAACUUGAUAAAUAUUCAAUCUUUUAAAGUGUGUAAAAAUUUUAUGACCACCGUGGCGUUUAAGAAGGUAUGCAAGCUGCUGCUAAUGUCCCUGUGGGUGAUGCUCAAGAAGUCCAUGUAUUCUAUUAAUUGCGAAGUGGUGAAUCGGCUAGCUUGUGAGGAGAAAGGGGUUGUGGGACGAGAUGGAGGAGAGGCAGGGGGAGAGGACACCGAGCUGGAGGACUUCACCGAAGCUAUCACUGAGGAGGACACGUACAACGAUGAGGAUGAGCAGUAUGAGCGGGAGAUGAAUAGGAGGGAGGAGAGGGCCAUAGAGGAGAUCGAGGGGGGGGCUGCCCAUCAGGCCGGUCGACACGUCAGCGAUGGACACGUCAGCGGUGGAGAGGACUUGUGUGAACCCCUACGCUGCUUCGAACAAAUCCCCAUCUCUGUCUAUGCAAAGGACGAGCCGUUUUUGCGAUCAAAUGGAGAAGGCCUAGCGGACUGCAAAGCGGAGGAUCUUUUGGAAGCGCUGGACUGUCUUAGCACAGGGGGUCCUUCCUCGGUGGAGAGAAUAUACCCGUCCAGUUCGCACCAUUUGAUGAGUCAAGGAAUGCAUUUCUCCACAUGCGACACGUAUGACGGGAUCGGAAUAGCCAACACGAAUCGCCUAAGUAGUAGCUUCAAAAGCAGCAUGCACAGUAGUCGAGGCGGUGAAGACGCGUCCGCAAUAAUCUCCGCCUUAAUAAGUUACAUGCUGUAUAAUCGGGACAGAAGAGGACUGAAUUAUAUAUUACCACUUUUAUUGAAGAAGUUAUACAAGGUGAAUGGGUACGUACAUUUGUUCGAGGAAGACUUCUUCGUCAUUAAGGAAACAAGUAGUUUGUUAAAGAAUCGGUUUAACAUAAUUGGGGACCAGAAUAACAGCGGAAGUGGGUCCAAUCAAAUGAGCAGUAGUAACACGGGUAGUGGUAACUACGAUACGGAAUCCCAUCUCUUCAUUGACAAAAAUGACGCCUAUCUGAAUUAUAAUGUUAAGCAUGUGAAUGAAUUGGCUAACUACCUGUUGAGGUUUACUCCCUUCACUCUCCCUUUUGACGAUCGCAUAUUAAUAUUUUAUAACAACAGGAACAAGUCCAAGGAGAGUAUCCGAGAUGAUAGCAGGUUCAGUUUAGUAGAUGUAAAGCACCACUUGAUUAGAAGAACACAUAUUGUGGAAGACGCCUUCAUAUUGCUUCACAUGCUAGAUGCUACUCAGGUGAAGCAAAAUAUUAGAGUCGCUUUUAUUGACCAUAAUGGUAAUGAAGAAACUGGCAUUGAUGGAGGAGGACUGUUUAAGGAAUUCAUGAUACUUUUAUGUCGAGAGAUUUUCCAUUCAAAAUUUUUUCUAUUCGAUUCUGUACACAAUGAUACCCUCUACCCGAAGAGAUUUCAUUCAAAUGAUAAUUUGAAUUUGUACACCUUUGCUGGGAAGGUAAUUGGGAAGGCCAUUUACGAGCGCAUACUAAUUGAAUCUGUUUUUAAUGAUGUGUUUUUAAGCUUCCUCCUGUGUGACGAUAUAGACUUGGAUGUGGACAUUGAUAUUAACGACUUAUAUUUCAUCGACCAGCAUGUGUUCAAAAGCUUGCUGUUCAUUCAGAACACCCCUCAUGUGGAGAACCUGUCACUUACGUUUUGUAUUUAUGAGGGGAAGAAACCCGAUGUGGGGGAUGUACAAAGGUAUGAGGAUAUCAUUAGUUAUUUUCAGGCCCUGGGGAAGCAGUUGUCUGCGGGGGCAGCAGCGGCAACUACUGGAGGAGCAACUACUGGAGGAAGAUUCGUUGGGGGAGGGAGCGGCCUGGGGAAUGGAAGCCGAGGAAACGUUGUGAGACGCUUCUUCUCUCACACGGGAGUCUCCCCUGAUCAUGACAACAUCAACAGCUUCUUCAACAUCAUUGACAAUUUGGACGCAUUAAUACACACGCUGGAUCGAAAUCUGUCUUCCCUUUCCCCGGUGCCUCUAGAAGACCAUGUGCCCGAAGUGAACACGACAGAGCGGUACCACGGGGGUGCCAACUACGACGCGGGGUCCCCCACCGUACAAACGCUGUUGCGACGGAACGAGCUGAAUUUGAGUCCGACCUCCAAUGGGGUGCUCUUGGGCUCACACGGGCAGGUCUUGCCGUACCCCCUGCGCAGCGCCAACGACCUCGAUUCGGAUGAUGCGGUAAAUGUGCGAACAGACGACGCGGCAGGUGUGAGCAUAGACGACGCGGCGGGUGCGCGCGUGGACGCGGCAGGUGUUCGAACAGACGACCUGGUGUGCAUCGACUUGAUUGAAAACGGAAGAAAUAUACCCGUGGACGACAAGAACAAAAAGCAAUACAUAAAAUUGUACAUAAAUUAUAAGUUUAAAAAAAUGGUGCGAAAAAAAACCCAGGCUUUUUUGAAAGGGCUCUCAGAAUUGAUCCCUACAAAGUGGCUCAAACUUUUUAAUGCUCAUGAGUUAAAGACUCUCAUUUCAGGAAACGAUAAAUGCUUUGACGUGGAUGAUUUAAGAAGAAACGUUGUUUAUGGUGGAGGCUACAAUGCAAAUAGCGAAACUGUGGUAAACCUGUAUCACAUUUUGAAAACGUUUUCUCCAAAGGAGAAGAGCCUGUUUCUUAUGUUUGUAACUAGCUGCUCUAGAUCCCCACUGCUUGGCUUCCAGGAACUCUACCCUAAGUUUUGUAUCUUUCGUGUUGUGGACCACACGAGACUGCCCACUGCCUCCACGUGCGUCAACCUGCUCAAGCUCCCAGACUACGCCUCGAGGGAAAUCCUGCGCAAAAACCUGCUCACAGCGAUAAGCGGCACGCAGGGCUUUGACCUCAGCUGA